AUGUUGAAGAUUGUUGGAAUACCGAGACUGGACCGCACAGGAGCCACUUUGGCCAUGCCGUGGUGGAACGCUGGAGCGAAUAGGAAACACAGCGUCGAUGACGAAACAAUCGCUGGCACGCUUUUGGAGUCGACCUUAUGUAGCUGGACGCCGAGAUUCGUCAUCAAGUCUCCAGAACCCGACGACGAGGUUGCUGCCUUACCGCCAUGCUUGCUCACCUUGAGUCCCAUUCCUGCUCCCACUAUAGCGGCCGAUGUCGACACAUUGAAAGUAUUCUGUCCAUCUCCACCGGUGCCGACAACGUCGAUAUAUCCGUCUGGGUCGACCGUGUGGCCGGGUAUUAUGUCGGAAAACUUAAGAAUGGUCUCGACAGCGGUUGCGAUGUACUCAGAAUCGAACUCAAAGCCACGGAUCUUGAAUGCAGUGAGAAACGAGGCCAGUUCGACGUCGUUGGUUUUUCCUUGGAACACGAGCGUCAGAGCGGCGGCUAAGUCGUCGGUCGUGAACUUCUCGGGGGAGUUAGCCAGCGUGCGCAGAUACAAGAUUGUGUCGAAGGAAGGGGCCACCUUCACCAUCAUGCUUGCUGGAGAAUCUGGACUUGGAAAAACAACAUUCAUCAACACUCUGUUCCAAACUAGUUUAAAAACACACCCAGAACUGCGCAACCGUCUUGAACUGCCUAUUAAGAAGACCGUCGAGGUGGACAUUGUGCGUGCCGAGCUCGAGGAGAAGAACUUCAAGCUGAAUCUGAACGUUGUGGACACCCCUGGUUUUGGCGACAAUGUCAACAACAAGAAUGCCUGGCAGCCGAUCAUCGACUUCAUUGACGACCAACACCACUCGUUCUUGAAGCAGGAGACCCAGCCUUUGCGUGCCAGCCGCAAGGACCUGCGUGUUCACGCUGUUCUCUAUUUUAUCCGUCCAACUGGCCACACAUUAAAGCCUCUGGACAUCGAGGUUAUGAAGAAGUUGGGGACCCGUGCUAACCUGAUCCCGGUGAUCGCCAAGGCCGACACCCUGACUCCUAACGAGAUGAUCGAGUUCAAGAAAAGAAUAAGGGAGAUCAUCGAGGUCCAGGACAUUCGGAUCUACUCGCCUCCUAUUGAGGCUGACGACCAAGCUGCUUCGGAGCACGCCAAACAGUUGAUCGAGUCGAUGCCAUUCAGCGUGAUCGGAUCCGAGGAGGAGUUCGAGGUGGACGGUGCGUUUGUGAGAGGAAGAAAAUACCCAUGGGGAUUCGUGGACGUGGAGAACGACCAGCACUGCGACUUCAGAAAGCUCAGAAGCUUGAUCCUGAGAACCAACAUGCUGGACCUGAUUCUCUCGACCAAGGAGCUCCACUACGAGACGUUCCGUACGCUCAAAAUGCAAGAUGAUGCUCCAUCGUCUUCCGACAGCACCACAGGAUUGGACAAGAAGGUUGACCGGUUCUCGAGCAACCCAAAGUUUGUCGAGGAAGAAAGACGCAUCAAGCGGUACUUUGCAGAGCAGCUGAGAAACGAGGACCAGCGGUUCAAGCAGUGGAAGCAAAACAUCCACACCGAGAAGAACAGAUUGAACCACGAUCUGGCAACUUUACAAUCGGAGCUCAAGACUUUGGAGGACCAAGUCAAGGCGCUCAAGGAGAAGAAAGGACGAAUUUAA